AUGAAGCGUGGGCUGAGCGAGAGGCAGCGGGAGGUGCAGGAGGCGCAGGGGCGCGGCUGCGCCAUGGAGGGCAGGGUGGGGCAGCUGGAGGAGCAGCUGGAGAAGGCCCGGGCUGUGGAGCGCCGCGUCAUGGAGGUCCUGGGGGCGCAGGAUGAGGAGAUCAGGGCCGCGCGGGGGAGGAUGCAGGAGCUGGAGGAUGCGCGUACGGCCGCCUCAGAGCGUGCGUCCCGCCUCGCCGAGACGCUGGCCAUGCAGGAAGACGCCUCUAGGCGCGACAAAGAGGAGCUGGGGCACUGCAUAGCAAGGCUCGACAGCCAGGCCAAGGCGCUAGAAUCUGAGGCCAAUGCCGCCAGAGAGGAGUCCGAGGGCUUGCGCAACGUGGUGAAGAGGCACGGCGCCGCCUUAGAGGAUAUCAAGAAGGAGGGCGCGAAGGAGAUGGAGGAGGCGCACAAGAUCAAGAACCGAUGGGCCGCGACGGCCAAGGAAUUGGGGCAGCAGCUGGAACUGCGGGCAGCAGAGGUGAAAAGGAUGGAGGACAGGCUGGCGGAUUCUAUAAGAGCAAAGGAGCAGGAGAGAGCGCGAGCAGGGGAAUUAGAGAGGAAGCUGGAGGCAGCUGAUGCACUCAUUCAACAUCAAAGGUCCAUAAUUGAUCAGAGCAUGGAGAGCAACGCCGAGCUCCACCGAAGAGUCGUGGGCAGCGCCUCCCAUUGCGCAGCCGGCCAGCCCAACGAGCCAUCCAAGUUGCCCGAGGGCGACUUCCCAAUCAUUUCUCACGUGGCCCAAACCACAAACCCCGGCGUGCAUCUGGACCUGCCCCCCAGCGCCUGCCUAGCCAACAAGGAGCAAGCCAGCUCCAGUCAGAGUGAAUUGAGUGAAGGCCUGAAGCGGCGGCCUGAAGCGAAUCAAGCCGGCGCUGCAGCUCAGCCCGCGGUCGGCGGGGCGCCGCCAGCGCCACCCUCUGGGGCACUCGCCCAGGGAGGUGGACCCGUGCUGGCGGGAGAAGAUUCCGCUCUCGAGGCGGCACUGAAGAAAUUGAGAGGCGUCGGUGUUCCGCUAACUUCCGAGACAUAA